AGACCGAGAAUUUUUCUUUGGGUGUCGAAUGUGCACCAGUCGGAAUUGGAGGCACUGUUGCGUGCAAUGCAGUGUCGCGUUAGAAAGAGACGUCGUGAGCGUCGCGACGUCAUAAGACAGAGCAAGUGCAUAAGAUUUCUCAACGACAGGAAAAAGGACGGCUUUAGGGGUCAUUAUGUACAAGUGUCACCGAGGGACAGAUUCCGUAGUACAAUAAUUGUGUUUCUCCCGCCCCAGAACGGAAUGAAUUAAACAUAUCGAACGUAGGAAACCACUGACGUAUAGAACGAGUGUAUAAGGUCACAAAUCGUCGGCGAUGCUCCACCAUCCCGACGUUCUUUUAUUAAUUUUAACCAAAUAUUGCCAGAGCAGCUGUUUUUUACUGGCCGCACAUUUAAGAACUCGCUUUCUUCUUCUCUAUCUUUCUCCAAGCAUCGAUUAAUCGAUUAAUCUCUUUAGGUAAGAUGAAAUGGAGUGUGGAGUCCAGAGCGCAAUGAUCAGCGUGCCACCUGGUGGCGAUUCCGUUCCUCAAAGUCUAGCGACGUCGGUUUUUCCCCCGCCAGAUUCCGACCAAGCACAGUUUGAAGCCGACAAAAGGGCCGUUUAUAAACAUCCUUUAUUCCCACUUUUGGCGUUGUUAUUCGAAAGAUGCGAAUUGGCAACACAAUCUUCGGAUCCUCAGUCCAGCGAUGCCUUCAAUUUGGACAUUCAAGCAUUUGUACAACAUCAAGAACGCGACCGCAAACCCUUUUUAGCAAACGAACCCGAAAUUGACGGAUUGAUGAUUAAAGCCAUACAAGUAUUACGGAUACAUUUAUUGGAGUUGGAAAAGGUCCAAGAGUUGUGUAAGGAUUUCUGUAAUCGGUACAUCACCUGUUUAAAAGGAAAAAUGCAGUCGGAGAAUCUUUUACGCUCGGAUUACCCUCAAGACGUUUUAGGAGCUGCAGGAUUAAUGAAUAACCUUGAAAAUAACAAUAAUAACAGCAUGAUGUCGCACGGAAAUUCGGAAAGUGGAUCGGCCUCCAACAGUCCGGUGCAAUACUCCAUCAGUCCGCCCCAACCGGUAAGAAAUUUAAAUCACGCGCCAAAAGUGGGGUUAGGGUUUUUCAUCGCACGUGUUGGUCACACUGACUGCAAGUUCUAGUCACAUGUGCAAUGUUGCCAGAAGGUGAUCUUUAUACUAGUUUAAUGAUUUGGUGAAAACUUUUGAAAAAAAUCAAAUCUGUGAUGAUUUUUUAGAAACGUGACUGUGCCAGCAGAAAAUUAAUGUAUUUUUAAAUAAUUUAUAUAAAUCGGGU